AUGUUCCGAUUUACACUAGGGAUGUUUGUUCAACACUUUAUAUACAUCCUCCUAUCCGUGGCUUCCAUAGCCUCAGCUUGGUCACCCACAGACUCUUAUGCACCAGGAAAAGUGGAUUGUCCCUCCGAUGUGGAUCUCGUGCGUGUUGCCGACCGUAUCUCCGAUGAGGAAGAGUCCUGGUUGGAAGGAAGAGAUGGCGUGACACAGGACCUCAUUGUUGAGUUUUUACAAAAUGCAAAUAUGUCAGACUUUGAUGCCGAGAGCUACGUCAAGGGCUUGAACCAAAGCUUACACAUUGGAUUGGCAUUCUCCGGCGGUGGGUACCGUGCCAUGUUGAAUGGUGCAGGACAAUUGAGUGCUUUGGACUCAAGAACCAAGGGAAAUAAAAGUUCCGAUGCGCAAGGUUUGGGUGGAUUGUUGCAAGCAAGCACCUACCUUGCCGGAUUAUCUGGUGGUAGUUGGCUUGUGGGGUCAAUUGUUAUGAACAACUUUACCUCAGUACAAGACAUUAUAGACAAGAAUGAGAUUUGGGACUUGAGCCACUCAAUUAUGAAUUAUGGUGGUAUCAAUGUUAUCAAAACCUAUGAAUACUACAAGGGCAUUUCAGACGAUUUGGAUGCAAAGAAGGAUGCCGGUUUCGAAUUGACAUUGACCGAUGCCUGGGGCAGAGGCUUGUCUCAUCAGUUCUUUUCGACUUUGAACGACUCUGGUGCAUCCAUGACUUUUAGUAGUUUACAAGAUUGGGAUGUGUUUACAGAAUACAAGAUGCCAUUUCCCAUCUUUGUUAGUGACACUAGAGCGCCAAACACUCAGAUUAUCAGCUUGAACUCGAGUUUGAAUGAAUUUAACCCAUUUGAAAUUGGAAGUUGGGAUUCAAGUAUCUACCAAUUCAGUAAGAUCAAGUACUUGGGAUCAGAGGUUGAAGACGGAGAAGCAAAUGGUACAUGUUAUGCAGGUUUCGACAAUGCCGGGUUUGUUAUGGGUACAUCAUCCACUUUGUUUAAUCAAUUCAUUUUGCAAAUCAACACCACCUCGUUAUCAUCAACUGUCAAGUCUAUUAUCACUUCGUUUUUAAAAGAUUUCUCCAAAGAUGAAAACGAUGUUGCCAUUUACGAGCCAAACCCAUUCUACGACACCGAUGUUGGAACAUCAGAACACAUUGCGCAAAACGAGACAUACACCUUGGUUGAUGGUGGUGAAGAUGGACAAAAUAUCCCACUUUGGCCAUUGUUCCAACCUACUCGUGAUGUUGACGUUGUUUUUGCAUUUGACAACUCGGCAGACACGGAUGAGUCGUGGCCCAAUGGUACUUCUUUAGUUAUGUCGUACGAGAGACAAUUUGUCGAUGCCGGAAACAGCACCAUCUUCCCAUACGUGCCUGAUCAACAAUCAUUCAUCAACUUGAACUUGUCUGCAAAACCAACCUUUUUUGGUUGUGACGCCAAGAAUCUUUCGUCAUUGGUGCAAAAUGACCAAACAAGCGUUUAUGAUACUCCACUCUUGGUAUACAUUGCCAACCGUCCAUUCAGUUAUUGGACAAACACUUCAACAUUCAAGAUGAAGUAUGAUACUUCUGAGCGUAAUUCGAUUAUCCAAAAUGGGUUUGAAGUUGCUUCUCGUUACAACUUGACCCUUGACCCUGAAUGGCCAGCAUGUGUUGGUUGUGCCAUCAUUAGAAGAUCACAAGAACGUAAUGGGGAAGAACAAAGUGAACAAUGUAAGCAAUGUUUUGAAAGAUAUUGUUGGGAUGGAAGCUUGGAUACCACGACAAACGAAGACAGAAUCAAUUUCACUUCGGAAGGUACUACAAGCGAUUCUGAAUCAUUAAAGACCAGUGAGGGAUCAAGUUUGGUGAGCAAGUUGAGCUGGUCCGUGUGGUUUAGUUUAUUGGCUGCAUUGUGUAUGUUCCUGUUCUGA